AUGCCGACAGAGCGAUACGAUUUCGGCUGUAAUGUAAUUUACUUGUUUCAUUCCAUAAGCCGAGCUUGUAGCUAUCUAGUCUGUAGCGUACGGAAGCUUGGAACGCGAUGGUCAACCACACUAGCCACAGUAAUGACUAAUCUACCUCUCGGGUCUUCUUCGCUCUUGUCCAUCCAGCAAGCAACUGUCCAAGCUGCAAGAUCGCAAUCUUCCAGUCAACCCCCCCACUCCUUCUACGUUCCACCGCAAUAAUAACUUUCUCUAGCAUCCGCACUAUGUGCAACGUUCGUAUCAUUGAUACCGAGCGCAACUCUGCCGCGGCACGACUGUAGCUGCAUCACGUAACAGCGGACAUCUGGCCAGCACUUCAACCGCCUUCGUCGAUCGCAAACCGUGGCAUGACAAGACAAUACUUCGAAAACUUGUACAACACGCUUCGCAUUGUUCGAGGUCGGAUGGGCGCAGGUUGUUCUACU